GAGCCAGCCAUCACUCAUCUCACUGCGCGCGCGCGAAAGCACGCAAGCAGGAAUACCAGCCAUCACUCAUAUCACCGCGCGCGCGCAAGCACGCAAGCAAGCACCAUGGCCGCGCAACUAGCCGCCGCCGGCCUAACACCCAAGUUCGCCGACCUGGUCAACAUGAAUAGGCCGAAACCCCAGGACAACGCCCAAUUCGCCGCGUGGUACACAUUUAGUCAUAGUGGCGGCGAGUUCGAGGUCUGUUUACGACCGGGCGGCGUCUUCUACUCGCCCCAAUACGCGGCCGCGUCGCGGUGGUGCGUCCUGCCCAACGGGUCCUCGAUAGCGAUUAGCUGGGGCCGGUUCGGGGAUUAUAAGCUCGACGUAACAGAUGCCGUGCUAAGGGAGUUGAGUGGAGCGCGCUGGGCGGACAAUGCGGCCUGCACGGGUCCAAAUGACUGGCGGCGCAUGAAGGCUAUCAGACCACUCUCACCGGUCGAGCUCAAAUUGCUCUCUCCAACGGGAGGCGGCACGGAGUGGAGCUUCGAGUACGCGUCGGGCCGCUUCGCGGUGCAGUUCAGAGGAGACGGCUACAACCACUUCUCGUGCCACUCCUACCCGGCGCACUCGCACUGGUCUCUGUCUGGAGACGAGCUGACCAUUAACUGGGGCCAGUACGGUACUUAUGUGAUGAAGUUCACCUCGGAGACGACGGCCGAGGGCUCGCUGAAGGGCAAGCCCGCGGACUGGCGCCGGAUGAAGUACGUCCGCGACCUGGACGCGGUCGAGGCCUCGGAGACGUGCGGCCACGACCACGACCACCACUAG